AUGUAAGACUAUAGGGGGAAUUUCAAAAGAAUUGAAUUUGGCAUUUAAUAAACUCCAGCCAAAUCGACAACAAAUAUGAAUGAUUUUCAAUCCUCUUAAAAAUUGAAAUACGAAUAAAUGAGCAAUAGACCUUAAUCUGUCAAUGUCAGCUUUGUUAAUGCUCCUGUCACAACUGUCUCAAAAGAGCUUUUCACCUUGUAAAUUCCUGUAAAAGUGAAAUAGGUUACAGAUGAUUGGAAUACAUAAUUGACUUUGAAAAUGAUUAUGCAAUAGAGUUAAUAAGCUCAUGGUUAAACACUGAGGAUUGAGUUGACAGAUGAUAACAAUUUAUAGUUUUUGUAGAUCCUUGAUUUGACAGAAGGUGAAUUUUUGGCGUUAAAAAAUGAAUAAAGUUUGCAUGUUGAUUUUGCCACUUUUCCAAUGAAACUUGCAGAUUUGUUAUAGUUAUGCAUAAAUAGUCAAAGAGAUGAAAAAGUGAAUUUUUAUGUUUGUUUGGAGACUAAGAAUGGGGAAUCAACUCUUGCAGUCAUUGAAAAUAAUGAGUUUAAAAAAUUGACCCAUUUGUCUUUGAGAUUACGCAGUGCAACAGAUGACUUAAUAAAGGCAUUUUUAGCAAAUAAAUUGGCUUUAGAAAGACAAGAGAAUGAUGAACAACAAAAAAGAAACAAAAAGUUAACAGAAUUAUUGGAAGAGAAACAUUGGGAACUAGAAAAUUUAAAGUCUGAAAUUAGGAAAUUCACAGAGGACAAAGAUACAGCAAUACAAUAAUUAUUAUUGGAUGAAUAGAAGAAAUUUAAUGAUUUUAGAGAGUAAUCCUUGAGCAAAGAAACUAAUUUUAAAAGAGAAAGCGAAAAUGAAAAGCAAUUCAUUAUUGAAAAAUACGAUAAGAUAGUCUAUGAAUUAUAGAAUAAGUACACACAACUCUAAUAGAUUAAUUAAGAGAUCUCUGAUUAAAAGUCAUAAUUAAUUCAAUAGGAAAGAGAACUAAAAAACAAAUUAGCAAUACUUUAAUAGGAAAAUUAAUAAUUUUAAAAGGAGAACUAAGAAUUCAGAUUACAGAAUAAAGAAUUGGACACUCUAAAGUUUACUUAAGAAAGAUAGUUGAUUGAGUUAAGAAUUUAAAAGGAAGGAUUCGAAAAGUUGAUACAUGAUAAGGAAGAAUAUUUGAAUAAUAAAUAACAAUUAGUGGAUAAUGAGAAAAAAUAGAAUUCUAUCCUUGAGGAAUAAGUAGCAAAUUAAAAAAAACAAAUAGAAAAACUUGAAACCAGAAUCAGUGUCAUGAGUGAAGAAGUGAAUAAAGGAAAUCAAAUCAUAGAAAAAUUGGAGAAUGAGCUUAGUAAAUAAAAAGAUAAAAUAAAGUUAAAGAAUACGGUUUUUCUUUAACAAGAGUAAACUGUACAAUAGUUAUAAGAUGCAAAUGAUUAAAAUCAUAAAUAACUAAAUGAACAAAAGGACUCUUUAGAAAUUAGAUUGAAAGACCAGGAGAACAUGAAUCUUGAUUUAAAAAACAAAUUGGCUGAGAGUUAAAAACUACUUGAAUCGAAUAACUAAAUGAUUUAAUAUUUGAAUAAAUGUUUGAAUGAAACCAAAGUGUAAGCACCUGCAUAAAUGCCUGGAAUAACGUCCCUAAAAAGUCAAACUUUUGCGAAAUAUACAUCUCCAAUACCAUUACAAGAGGAUAGAAGUUUUCGUAAUUAAAGUGUUACAUAUUAACAAAAUCAAAAUAAUAUGUCCCAGAUUUCAAAUGCAACAAUUUCAAAUAAAUUUAAUUUUUGA